UGUUUUAACUUAUGAGUAUUUUUAUAUUGAAUAUUCUAUGCAAAUGAAAGGGGCAAUUACCAUGUUUUUAGACAUUGGUUGGAUGAUUGACCAGGAUUAUUGAAAAUUUAAUAAUAGUGAUGAUUACUAAUAAAUCAUACAAUUACAUCAUUGAAUCAUCAUACUGAACUGAUACCAUAGUGUCAAUAGUGAUAAUAUGGUCUGCCUAGCCUAAACUAAUGGAAGUACGGAGUAAAUGAGUAAUGAACUGUAAUGGAACUGAUUCUGAUAGUAGUGAUAUUCAUACUUCAUAGUCGACAUAGUGAUGGUGAUUUAAAGUGUAGUUCUGUUGUAGACUAUGUUGAUUGCUUCAGACUGUACUAGUCUAUAAGAGGACAACAGUUACUGCCAUCUCCUAGUAAGACCUACAUAAUCUAUGAUUCUAUCUAGAUCUAAUAAUUCAAGUGAAGUCACCAGUGAAGUGAUGAGGUUGUUAACAUGUUUUAAUAAAUAAUGACUGUCACAACAUCACAUUUAGAAAUCAGUUAUGUGUAAUCAAAAAUGAGAUUUCUUUUCAAACUAGUUCGGCCAACUAUAUUUUUGUUGACCCUUUUUGCAUUUUUGCUACUUAUCAUAUCUAUUUAUUUGGUGUUCAAUGAUGGAGUGGCCAAAAGUAACAGAAUUUUGGGCAUUAUGCAUCUUGCUGGUGUAAGAGAGGAGAUGGAUUUACUAGAAAGGGCUAAAACACCAAAAUCUUUUAUGGACUCAGAACAUCUCAUUAUGUUUCUGUUCAGCAAUGCAGAUGGAAAUAAACAGCUGCAAAACAGUUUCACAAUGUGUUUGACUUCACUGUUUUCAAAAGCCUCUAACCCACAAGCACUUCAUUUCUACAUUGCUGGAGAUGUUGAAAGUUAUUACAUCGCAAAAACUGUUAUACAAAGUAUAGCCAAUAAGUUUGGCAUUCAUAAUCAGAUAUUGGUGUCUUAUCAAAAUAUUAGUCAGCUUGAAGACAAUGUGUUAGAUAUCAUCCACACUGUUCGCCAACAGAUUAGCUCUGGCAAAGAGCAUCGCUUCAGCAGUCCUUUAUUUUACUUGUCAAUCAUACUGCAUAAAGUUAUGCCUCACAAUAUUUCACAAAUAAUUUUACUUGACGUUGACCUAGUCAUUGCUUCAGACAUAAGCAAAUUGUUCUCCCUUUUCAACAACUUUGACCAAGAACAGGCUAUAGGCAUCGCCAGGGAAAAUCAACCUGUCUAUCAAACUACUCUAUGGGAAUACAGAAAAAAUAACCCCAAAACCAGAGUAGGUGAGCCACCUCCUAAGGGUUUGACCGGAUUCAACAGCGGUGUUGUUCUUUUUGACCUGCAGAAAUUAAGAGUGUCUUCAAAGUACAAUAGCUUUUUAACAGAAGAAAGAAUGAAUGCCCUUGUGCAGAAAUACAAAUUUCAAGGCCAUCUAGGAGAUCAAGAUUUUUAUACAUUGUUAUCUUUUGAUUAUGAAGAAUUGUUUUAUAUUCUCCCUUGUGGAUGGAAUCGACAGCUUUGCCAAUGGUGGAAACAUAAUGGUUUGGGUGAAAAAUUUGAUUUGUACUAUAGCUGCAGUGGUGUGAUUCACAUUUGGCAUGGGAACUGUGAAACAUCUCUUUUGAAUUAUACAACUUUUUAAUAGCAUUUUUCAAAUUCUUUUUUCUCGACAUGAACAAAUCAAAAAUGUCUUCCCUUUAGCAGCUGGUCCAAAAUUUUUUUUUAAUACUGCUGAUUUUUGUUGAUGUAUUUUCAAUUAAGUUUUAUUUAUUAAAUACUUUUUAUACAGUUGUAUGUAAACAACCAGAUUUUAGAAAUUGUAAUAAAUAUUUAAUAUUUUAUUGUUUUGAUGAUAAUAAAUUGCUUGUAAGUUAAGGAAACUAAAUUGAAUUAAUAACUUUAAAAAAUUGUAGGGUUCAGAUCUAACUAAUUUUUUUGCAUUUGAAAAUCAAUGUUCAUAGUUUUUCUUUAAAAUACAGAUAGAUCAAAUUUUUAUAGACUGGUAUUGUUUACCAUCAUCAUUGUCUGACAAUAUCCACAAGUGGAUGCAGUUUCAACAAGGCAGCUUCAACAAGACUUGAACAACUGAGUGUCAUUUUAUUGAUUUUCCCGAUCUUUUCCAUUAAUCUUCUCCAUGAUUCUAUUGGUCUUCAUCUCUUUAUCAUGACCAGUAGAGUCUGUCUUCAUUCUAUGCACAUGAUACAGUAAGAUCCCAUCUAUUAUUCAUGCUUAAUUACUUUUGAAACUAGUCAUGUUUGCGAUUUCUUCUGGUUUUUUUUUUUAGAUUUAGAAUUUAUUUUGUUAUUGCAAGUACUUUGUAUGCUAUUUACUGCAUUGUUCAUUAAUUUCUUUUGUGAUGUCAUUUAAAAAAAAUGUAUAAAUACAAUAUGUACAAUUUAUGUGGCAUUAUUUAAUGUAAUGAAGUCCAAAUAGUUCUAAAAGAAAAGUAAAUUAAAAAAAAGAACAAUUUUUUAUUCAGAAUUUAAAAUUACAGGCAUCAAAAUUUUCCUCUAUUGAAGACUAUUGCAUUGCUAGCAAAUUUCGUUGAUUCCUAGAUUUCUUUACCCGUUGCAGACUUGUUCUGCCUGCUUUCUUUUAUAUAUAGAUUUGGAUUGACAAAAUGUAGGAAUACAUUAAAACAAGGAGAAUUUAUAAUGUAAAUUAUAACUACGGUAUUUUCACACAAUGUGUAAUUUUACCACAAAAUUAUGAAACACACAUAACCUUCCUUUCCCAUUCCUCUUACCUAGAUCUGCUAAUGAGUUUAUCUAGAUCUGCUAAUGAGUUUACCUAGAUCUGCUAAUGAGUUUACCUAGAUCUGCUAAUGAGUUUACCUAGAUCUAGUGAAUACCUAAUAUUUUUUAGGGAAUUUUUAGAUGGUUAUUGUACUGGCCACAAGACUCACUGGUUAACUAGGUCAAAUAACAUUUUCUUUAUCUGAGAUGAACAUAGUGUUUUACAGACCAGCCAUAGUAAACUAUGCAGGUUUAUAAAUAUGGAUGGCUGCCUGGUCAUGCGGUUUGCGCGCUGGACUGUCGUUCGGAUUUAUCGACGGUCGAGGGUUCAAACCCUGCCCGCUCCCAUCCCCCGUCGUCCUGCGGGAGGUUUGGACUAGGAAGUAAACUAUCUUCAACUCUGAAGGAACAUCCGAAACAUGUAAAACAGAAACGGAUUCUGUGCCUAGAAGCCUAAUUCCUAAAGUGCUGGUUAUGUGUUCGUCAAUGUUGUUUCUGUUUGCAUUGAUAUUGUUGUUAUAUUCGUUACAUAAACGAAUGGACGGGCCUGCCAUUGAAAGAGUGUUCUAAGGCAAAAGACAGAGAGGAAUGAAGAAAGAUGGUCAACAAAUCUUGCAUGGUGCCCCAACUGUCCAACAGACUAAGGGAUAGGUAAAGGUAAAGUAGUAGGCCUAAUACUGAGGCGUACUAUUGUAGUCUAACUGAAUUUCCAUUAGUUUGGACCAAUAAAUUAUCUUAAUUUCCAUUACUACACCAGUGAAAGAACACAAUAAUGUGCUUCCAAUUUAUACACCGUCCAGUUUAAUCAACAACAGAAUAGCUUGGCCAUGGUACAUUAUUUAUAUUUUACAGAACUAAAAUAUUUUUGCUUCUCUUUAUUUAUUUGUUUCACAAGAACAUGUAUUUUUUUCUUUAUAGUUUUAGUUGAUAUUAUUGUACUUUUACUUUGGACUUAGUUAACAUAAAAAAAAGGAUUUUGUUAUUGUAUUGUUUUUUAGCAUUUUUAAGACUCAAUUUUAAUUAUCAAUUGACUUGUUUUGUUUUUUUAAAGUAUAAAAAAUUAAAAUAUUUUCAGUUUUUUUUCUCCAUAUUGCAUACAAGUUUAAAUGAUUUAUCUAUAUCAUAUAUAUCAAACUGGAAAGAACUCAAUUAAUCUGAAUUGUAAAUUCUGGCCUAUAUCUGGAGCUAGUAUAAGGCUAGACGUUCUUGUGAGAUUUUAAGAAUGAUUUUGGUGAAAAAAAGAGUAUAAUGUUGCUUUAUUGAAUGUGCGAAAAAAAAAUGUAUAGAAAAGACAUUUUAAAAUAUUCUUUAUUUAACUGGGUGGCCAAACCUUAAAUAAUAAUAAUACAACUUAAGAUUCAAAAAUAUUAUUGUGGGAGCAGUAAGAGCUCUCUUGUUGUACAGCUGGGUUCUGACACUUUUCUAUUUUAUCACACUACUAUUUCUGUAUGAUCUUUUUUUAUCAAUUUUAUCAGGCUAUGUGAUGUAUAUAGAUCUAGGUUCAUGAAACCUACAAAUUUAAAUAAAAAAUUCUACUGUAUUUUCUUUGCAUUAUAAUUUUAAGUGUAUUUUAUUUUCAUAUUUCUUAAUGAUCUUUUUUUUAUCAAUCUUUUAUCAGGCUAUGUGAUUUAUUUUAUAUAGAUCUAGGUUCAUGAAACCUAUAAAUUUAAAUUAAAUAUUCU